CUGUGAGUUUAUAAUAUGGAGGGGAGUAACAAUACAACCCAGGAGUCGAGGGAGCCCUUUGUGGCAAAUGACAGCUCUUUACGAAACAAUAGGGUUAUCCCUCAGCUACUUACCUCUGUGCCGGCUCUCAAUGAUGCUGCUUCCUAUCUUUCUGAGACGACAUCUUUAUUUACUCGCUGUUUCAUGGAUUAUUCUGCAGAACCUGCCUCCAGAGGCUUAGGAGGCCAGGAGAUGGUUACAUUUGGUUCUGCCGAAAGUAGAGGAUCCCCAGUCUUAAAUACUGCUUCGUCAAGUGGAAGUGAUUUAGCUGUUUGUAAAGCAUCUCAAUCAUCUGUUGAUGUUCCACUUCUCCAUGAAGGAUUAAGCAGGACCUUAUCUAGAAAAUCAUCCCAAAGUGGUAAUGCAGCCACAAACUCGGAGGACCUAUCUGAGGGUUCCAGUGCACAGGUUUUAUCAAGGAAUACCAGCCCAAAUGGUAUUUCCAUUUUCCAAGGUCUUAUAGAGAGGGUGAGAAGGACAGUUCGUGGGUCAGCUGAUGAUAUUGGAUGGCUACAACGUGCUUCACAUAUGCCUCCAGUUGAUGAUCAAACUGAUAGAUUUGUGGAAAUCAUUGAUGAUAUUAGGCAUGGUCUACAUGGAUUACCAAAUUCAAUGGUUUACUUGUUAGUUCCAGGUCUCUUUAGCAAUCAUGGACCGCUUUAUUUUGUCAAUACAAAAACAAGCUUUUCAAAAAUGGGGCUCACUUGUCAUAUAGCCAAAAUUCAUAGUGAGGCCUGUGUGGAGAAGAAUGCGAGAGAAAUUAAAGAUUACAUUGAAGAAAUUUAUUGGGGUUCCAGGAAACGUGUCUUGCUUCUUGGACACAGUAAAGGAGGAGUAGAUGCAGCAGCUGCUCUGUCCAUGUAUUGGACUGAUCUGAAAGAUAAGGUUGGAGGGCUGGUUUUAGCACAGAGUCCAUAUGGUGGAAGUCCAAUUGCUUCAGACAUUUUACGAGAAGGACAACUUGGUGAUUAUGUAAACAUUCGCAAGCUUAUGGAGACCCUCAUCUGUAAAGUAAUCAAGGGGGACUUGCUAGCUUUGGAAGAUUUGACUUAUGAGAGGAGGAAGGAAUUCUUGAGCAAAUACCAUUUGCCAAGGGAGCUUCCUGUUGUUUCCUUCCGAACGGAAGCUAGCAUUUCUCCAGCAGUUUUAGCCACAUUAUCUCGUGUGGCACAUGCAGAACUGCCCACAUUUUCCGCUGCCCAACCUGCAACUACAUUCCCAGUAGUGAUGCCUCUUGGUGCUGUGAUGGCUGCAUGUGCUCAGCUUCUUCAGAUCAGGUAUGGUGAGAAGAGCGAUGGGCUUGUUACUUGUUGUGAUGCAGAAGUCCCUGGCUCGGUGGUGGUUAGGCCAAAACGGAAACUGGAUCAUGCUUGGAUGGUAUAUUCUGAAUUAAAUGAUAACCCGACAGAGGCUGAUGCAUCUCAAGUUUGUGAAGCUCUUCUAACAUUACUAGUAGAGGUAGGACAGAGGAGAAGACAUGAACUAUCAAACAAAGAUGAAUGAAGUGUAUACAAGAACAUCCUCCGGUUUCUGGAUAUUGAUGCUUAACCUGUUUCCACGAGGUGUUUCAUCCAUCAUGUCAUAAUAUGUUUCGAUCGUUUAUGUUAGAAAUUCAGGUGAAUAGGAUAUAUAAAAUUAUCACAUGCAUAUUGACCCCUGCCCCUCUUCCCUUUUCUAUAAUUGAAAAAAAAAGGGAAGGAAUGUGGCUGGAAAAAAAGGGUGAAGAAUGAAGCAAAUUCCUGUAACUUAUGAUGUGGUAAAAAAGUGUCUCAAGAGUCUUAUUCUGAUGUGCAGAUUUGCUUCAUCUCUGAGUUCUCUUGUUUAUUUCUUAGCUUGUCCAUUUGUUCUUAGAAGUUGUAAAUUCACUAAGGUUUAUGGUCUAAUGGUACUUAUAUU